UCUUAAAAUUGAAGCUGUCCACAAAGUUCAAAUUGUUGAUAUUUCAUUUUUGUUCAGGAAGAGAAGUUUUUAAAAAUGAUUGAUCUCGAAGAAAAGUAUGGUGGAACAACAUAUCAGAAUCAGAAGGCUAAAGAAGACAAAAAGAAAGCUGGGAGUAAAGCUGCAAUCGGAUUUGUGUAUGCUGACUCUACGGGUGCUGAACCAGAAUCUGAACCUGAGCCCUCAGAUUCAGAUUCUGAUAGUGAAAUAGAUUUCGAUUUAAAUGUGGACGUGAUGGCUCUAGGCACGGAAGAUCAGGAUCAGUUGAACAUGAUCGGGUUAGGCUUCGAGCUCGGGAAGAAGGACUUCGUCAGAAUGCUUGCUAAGGUAAUAAAGUGA